AUCGCGUCCAUCUUGCCAACAAGUUGUAUACGAUGAUGACCCAAACCGGAAGUAAACAAACACCAUGUGGUUUUCAUUCACGCAUCAACAUAUUUUUUUCCGGAGGCAGACGUUUGUGGAGGACUAAGAGGGCAACAUUUUUCAUCAAUAUCAUGGAUAAGAUCGACCAAAGCAAUGGCCGUUUUUCUUAUGACAAUACUAAAAGGAAAAUAAGUGUUGUAAAAGACUUAUUCCAAUCAGACAAGGUAGUAAAAAUGUGUGCACCAAUGGUGAGGUAUUCAAAGUUGGCAUUUAGGACUUUAGUCAGAAGAUAUGAUUGCGACUUGGCAUAUACGCCAAUGAUUGUGUCAAACUCAUUCGUUAGGUCUGUAAAAGCGAGGGACAGUGAGUUUACAACGAAUACAGGUAUGUUUUUUUUAAAGCCUUAUCAUGGCAAUAUUUACCAUAUAAAAUUAUAUAAUCUCUACUAACAAGGGAAGGAUGACUGAAAAUGGUUUGUUUACACAUAUUGUAAGAGCAAGUUUGUAAAUUUGCAUUGGUGGCACCAGCGUUGGAAA